AUGUCGGAAAAAAUCAUGGAAAAAAUCAAUCGAAUUAGCGACAAAUUAAAUGAGGUCAAAGGUCAUCUGAAAAACGAUAAAAAUUCAUUUGAAUUCACCGCAAAACGCGAAAAAAUUGAAUGGUUUGAACGAAAUUUUUUAAAGACGAUGAGUGAUGAAGUGAAAGAUUCGAAUCCAUACAGUAGACUUAUGGCGUUAAAAAGAAUGGGAAUUGUUAAGAAUUAUGAGCAAAUUCGAGCGAAAACUAUUAUUGUUGUUGGAAUUGGCGGCGUUGGAAGUGUUGUCGCCGAAAUGCUUACACGUUGUGGCAUCGGUAAAUUAAUUCUCAUCGAUUACGACACGGUUGAAUUAGCCAAUAUGAAUCGUUUAUUUUACCAACCUCAGCAUUCUGGUUAUAGCAAAGUUGAUGCAGCUCGCCAUAUUCUUAAUUUAAUUAAUCCUGAUGUAAUUAUUGAAAUAUAUAAUAUGAACGUUACAAGUUUGGAUGGUUACAAAAGUCUUAUCGAAAUCAUCAGGAAUGGAAAUUUAACUGGUGGAAAAGUGGAUCUUGUGUUCAGUUGCGUUGAUAAUUAUGAAGCGAGAAUGACUAUUAAUAGUGCUUGCAAUGAGGAAGAUCAAGUAUGGAUGGAAUCAGGAGUGAGCGAGAAUGCUGUAUCCGGACAUAUACAGUUUAUUGAACCAGGUCGCACUGCUUGUUUUGCGUGUGUUCCACCAUUAAUAGUUGCAUCGAAAAUUGAUGAGCGUACACUGAAACGAGAAGGAGUUUGUGCAGCUUCGCUUCCAACGACGAUGGCAGUUAUAGCCAGCUUUCUUGCUCAGAAUGCUCUCAAGUAUUUAUUGAAUUUUGGCGAAGUCACAUAUUAUAUUGGCUAUAAUGCAUUGUGCGAUUUUUUUCCUCGCCAUAAAAUUUUGCCCAAUCCCAACUGCGAUGAUACCUAUUGUCAGCGGCGACAGCAGGAAUAUAAGAAUUUGAAACUAAGAGCUUUAGGGGAAGAAAUGCGCAAAGUUUGA